CCGGCUCCGGGCGCUGCGCUGGGAGCGCCGGGACGGGCUGGGAGCAGCGGGAUCGGGGGCGCUGAGCUGUCCCCAGGCAGGGACAGACCCUCGAGCGUGGCCAUCCCCCCCGAGCAGGUGCCGCAGGGCUGAGGCUGAGCCACCAUGAAGAGCCUGAAGGCCAGGUUCAAGAAGGCAGAUAGCCAGGACUGGACCAAGAACGACGAGAAGCUGCUGCAGGCCGUGGACUACAACGAUGCCGGGCGGGUCACGUCGCUCCUGCUCCGCAAGGGCCUGGUGCCCACCAAGCUGGACUCGGAGGGCAAAUCGGCGUUCCACCUGGCCGCCACGCGGGGCAACGUGGACUGCCUGGAAGCAAUGCUGGCCCACGGCGUGGAUGCCAUGACCAAGGACAGCUCGGGUUACACUGCCCUGCACUUGGCCUCCAAGCACGGCCACCCUCAGUGUGUCAGCAAACUGCUGCAGGCCUCCUGCCCCGUGGAUGUGGCCGAUGGCAGCGGCAGGACCGCGCUGCACCUGGCGGCUGCCAGCGGCUGCAUCUCCUGCUCCGAGAUCCUCUGUGACUUCAAGGCUCCCUUGAACAGCAAGGACAAGGACGGCUCCACGCCGCUGAUCCUGGCAGCCAAGAUGAGCCACUCGGAGCUGUGCCGGUACCUCCUGCACCGCGGGGCCGCCGUCAACUGCCGGGACCUGCAGGGCAGGUGGGGCUGCAGCGCUGGGGGCCGGGAGCGGCCGCGGGGAUUGUCCCUCACCCGCGCUCUCCCCGUGCCCAGGACAGCCCUGAUGCUGGCCUGCGAGAGCGGCAGCGUGGACACCGUGGAGGUGCUGGUCAGCGCCGGCGCCCGCGUGGCCGUGGUGGAUGCCACCGGCCACGACGCCGCUCACUACGGGCUGGCCACGGGCAACGCUCUCAUCCAGCACCUCCUGCAGGAGGCGGCCCAGCGCCGCUCCUGGGCCAGCGAAGAGGAGUCGACUGAGCAGACAUCGCAGACGUCUUCGCCCAGCCAGUCGUCCGUCAGGGAGAAGAACAGCACCCCGAGGAAGAGGAAGGCCCCUCUGCCCCCCCUGGGCACCUCCAGCCAGGAGGACCGGGAUGCCUACGAGGAGAUCGUGCGGCUGCGGCAGGAGAGGGCCCAGUUCCUGCAGAAGAUCCGGGGCUUGGAGCAGCAGGAGAAGCAGAGACGGGAGCGGGCGGAGCUGGAUGAGAGCUCCCUGCGCUCCAUGGAGAAGCAGAUCCGGGAGCUGGAGGAGCAGCUGGUGGCACGGGAUGGGGAGAAGGACAAGCUGGGCAAGGAGGUGCAGGCUCUGCGGAGCCGCCUGUCCUCGAUGGAGAAUGAGAAGGAGAACACGAGCUAUGACAUCGAGACGCUGCAAGACGAGGAGGGGGUCCCACUUGAGUUUCCAGGAGCAGAGAUGCUGCUCUCCAAGAAGACACUGAGCCCCUCGGCCGAGGAGCUGCUGGCCACACUCCAGGGGCAGGUGCAGUCCCUGACCUUGCAGAACAAGGAGCUGAAGGAGAAAAUCCAGGUGCUGGAGAACUACGAGCGGGACGAGAGCAGCCCCGCUGCCCCGGGGGACGUGGUGCCCGCCAGUCUGUACCAGGCCCUGCAGCGGGAGCUGGAGCGGCUGCGGGCGCAGGGCAGGGAGGCCACGGCGCGGGCCGGAGGGGUCGGGCAGCGCGGGGCCUCGGAGCCCAUCCCGGAGGGAACCGCGGGGUCACGCCCUGCCGAGGAGCCGGCCCGGGCCUGGGGAGAGUGCAAGGCGGCCCUGAGAGAGCUGGGGGUGCAGACAUCCUCCUCCUCCUCACCCUCCGGUGAGCGGGAGCCGGGCGCGGAGCUGGCCGAGGCGCGGGUGGCCCUGAAGCGGGCACAGACCGAGCUGGAGGAGCGGGAGCGGCGGCUGAAGGAGCUGCAGGCCCGGCUGGAGGCCGCGGCCUCGCCGGGAGCCUCCGUGGAGGAGGCGUCGCGGGAGAAGGAAGCGCUGCUGGAGCGCUGCAGGCGCGCCGAGGCCGAGGCCGAGGCUCUGCGGCGGGAGCUGGCGGCGAGGCCGCGGGAUGCGCCGGGAGCGGCGGAGGCCGAGGCACGGCUGGCGGAGCUCCGGGCCGCGCUGGCGCGCAGGGAGGCCGAGCUGGGCGCGCUGCGGGAGCGGCUGCGGGAGCACGAGGAGGAGGCCCCGGCGUGGCUGCAGCGGGCGCAGGCCGAGGGCUGGGUGUCCCGGGACGAGCACGCCCGCGCCACGGCCACGCUGCAGGAGCAGGCGCGGGCCCUGCGGGAGCGCCUGGCGCAGCUGGAGGCCACGGCCAACGCCAAGGCCCGCGAGGCCUCGAAGCUGCAGGCAGAGCUGGCGGCGGCCGUGCCGCGGGCCCAGCACGAGGCGGCCGAGGCCGGGCUGAGGGCAGAGGCGGCGGCGCUGGCGCAGCGGCUGCAGGAGCUGCAGCGGCGGCACGAGAAGACGUGCGAGGAGGUGUUCCGUGUGCAGCGGCAGGCGCUGUUCAUGAAGAGCGAGCGGCAGGCGGCGGAGGACAGGCUGGGAGCCGUGCAGAAGCAGCUGGAGCAGGCCCAGGACGAGGCGCGGCGGCUGCGGGAGCUGCACGGCCACGCUGAAGAUGCGGCACGGCUGGUCAGGGACAGGGACAGGAAGAUCACGGAGCUCUCCAAGGAGGUUUUCAGGCUGAAGGAAGCCCUGAACGCCCUCCCCGAGUCAGGGGGGCCUCCACAAUCCCCACCCAACACGGCGGCGCUCCAGGCCCAGAUCCGGGCGCUGGAGGAGAAGCUGGAGGAGACAGAGACGAGGCACAGCAAGGUGGUGACGCUGUACCGGAGCCACCUGCUCUAUGCCGUACAGGGCCACAUGGACGAAGACGUGCAGAGACUCUUGUGCCAGAUCCUGAGGAUGCAGCGGCUGCAGGAGCAGGGCAGAUGAGCCCCUGCCAGCACGGGUGGCAGGGGAAGUGGGGGGACAGGUCUGUCACAGCACUCUGUGUGUCCCUUUGCCUGUCUAGGCACCCAGUCCACCCCCAGCACAGCAGCAAUAAAGUUAUUU